AGGGAGGAAAAUGUCGAUGUCGUACCAAGCGAGUUGAAUUGACAGCGUCGGCCAUAGUCUAUUUCAUUCAAUUUUGUUGAAAUCACUUUAACGGGUCUUCUCUGAUAAUCGGUAAUCGUAUUGAUACAGUUACGGAUUUUUUAUCAUCCCUUUAGUUUACAAAUAUGCAUGAUCCAAGCAAGUCUAUAAACUUAAGCUCUUGUCGUGUAUGUUUAUCGAGUAAAAAGCCCUUGUGCCCUUUAUUCAGAUAUAAAUUAUCAGGAAACUAUGCUGAAAUGCUCACUGCAAUUGCCGACGUAAAGGUGCUAUCAAACGAUGGGUUACCGGAAAAGAUUUGUCACAAGUGUUGUACUUCAUUGGAGAAAGCAUACCUGUUAAAAACAGUAGCAGAAAGAACAGACAGAAAACUGCGAACCAUUUUAGCUAAAGCCAUUCAAAAUGUGCCAACUAAAAAGAUCGCUUUUGAUUCUUUUAAAGACAUUAAAAGUGAAAUUGGGCCUUUGUCAAUUAAAUCAGAACCGGUAUGGGAAAUGGAGAUCAAUGUUGAUCCAAAUAAAACAGUGGACACUAUUGAUGGUAAGGAUAUAGUUAUAGCAAAUACUGUGAUAAGAAAAGUUGACCCUGAAUCGGAAGAAGCAAAAGAAGUAAGCAGUGACAAUAAUAAAGUUGAUAUUAGUUGGAAAAAAACCAACAAUGAUGGUUUAAAGGCUGAAGUGGAUACUGAUGAUGAUGAUGAUGUUGAAUAUAUACCAGAUUAUGGAGAUGAUGAUGAUGAUGAUUAUGUUCCACCAACAAAUAAGAAAGGUAAAUUCAAAAAACCGAAACUAUGUGACAUUAAAGUUUUUAAAGGUAAGAAAACCGUUGUAAGAAAAGUGUAUCAGACAUUUAAAGGGGAACUGGAAGAAUUUGACGGUAAAAGUGAAGAUGGAAAAACAAGAUCCACAACAAUUACAUGUUAUCCAAUAAUGAAGAAUGGCACAAGAGGUCCACCAAUAUUACUAAAGCGGCCUAAAGAUGCAACAGUACUUAAAGUUCAUCCAAAUUAUAAAUCUAGGAAUUCGGGAACUAGUGAUGGGAAUAGAAUUGUUCGUAGAGAAAAGUCAGUAAGGGUGGUCCGACCUUCGGGAACUCAGAGGCCAGAAGCAAAGAAAAAAGAAAAACUUGUGUGUCCUGUUUGUGGUAUACUUACCUUUACUCUGGGAAAUCAUUUAGCAACUCAUGAUGAAAAGAAGAAAUUUUCUUGCAAUCAAUGCACAAAGUCGUUUAUACAAAAGAGUAAUUUGGUCUUGCAUAUGAAAAAGCAUUCUGGAAUUAGGGAUCAUAUUUGUGAAAUUUGUGGUGCUGGCUUCUUUACACAGAAAUCAUUAAUGAGGCAUAACCUCAUUCAUAAAGGCGAAAGACCAUUCUCCUGUCAUUUGUGCACAAAGAAGUUUAUAGUGCGCUGCGACCUGAACCGGCACUUGCGCAUCCACGCGGGCUACAAGCCGUACAAGUGCGGCGAGUGCCCCAUGUCCUUCAACGCCAAGCACCAGCUGCAGAACCACGAGCGCAUGCACACGGGCGAGCGCCCCUACGUCUGUGAGGUGUGCAACGUGGCGUUCAGUUACAAAGUGAACUUGAACAAUCACGUGCAGAAAGUGCACGGACUGAACUUCAAGUUCAAAUCGAUACAUCGCGUGACGGAGGAGGUGCUGCGCCGCGAGAUGGGCCUCGUGCAGGAGACGCGCGCCGCCAUCGCGCACAUCCUGCCGCACCUCGCCGACGUGCCCGCGCCCGCCGCGCACGAGACCGUGCCGCACUCGCACCACGACUACUAGUGCGCGUGACGUCACCACUGCUGCCAACAACGCGGGAACUGGCGGUGCCAACAUUAAGGCAACAAUCAUUAGAACGUUUUGAAACGACAUGCGGAGCAAAAUACAAUGCAGAUUAUAAAUCAAUACGUGAAAGGCUAUUUGUUUUUAGCGCCAUUAGAUUAAAUGUUCAAGAGAGCCAUUUACAGUUUUUAGAAAAAAAAUCCUGAAAUUAUAUCAAUUAAAGAUUUUUAGACCGGUUUUAGAUUAAAAUUACUAUAAUUCUGCAUACUUCAUUAAUCUACCGAUUUAUAAUAAUUGCUGAUUUUUUGGCGCUUCAUACAUGGCUACUUAAAAACGACAUCUGUAUUUUAAUUUUUUUAAGCGCCACAGAAGUGAUCUUAUCUUUAUGAACCGUUCAAACGAUGCAAAAAAAUUCGCAAAUUCUGAAUAUAAUAUAUAAGUCAAUGUCGCCUAAACAAAACAAAUAGACUUUCACCCGUCGAAAUGUAUCGGUACAAAAAAGGCGGUUAGUGGUACACGGCUAGUUUCUCAUUAUUCCUUUGUUUGCACCAAUUACUGUUAACUAAUUAGUUAUUUGUAGUAAUAGGUGCAAUGAACAUGACUAUUUUUCCUGAUGAACAACGCGGAUUUCCCCGACUGUAUAUUGUAAUUUCGCGCUAGUACUAUUUAACGAGUUUCUAACUUCACCUAAUAUCACUUUAACCUUUUUAAAAUAAAUGAAAUGAGUCAAUUUGUAUCUCUGUUUUUUAAACAUCGUGAAGUAAGUAAGUGUGAAUAAU